AUGACUCUGUCAGCGCAAAAUCUCCUGCGUCUCAUCCAACUCAUUUACGAGCUUGUACCGAGCCUAUCUUUUGGCGUUGUUGCCACCGGAGAAUACGCCAGCCACAGUUCUCACACUUCACUUUGCAAAGGGUUCUUCACAGCGCAGGUGCUCAAUCAACAGCUGGGCAGCCACAACAAACUCUUGUGUUCUGUUCCGCAAAAGAUGCUCUACACCCCGUCCGCAUACAAGAACGUCAACGCGGCCAGCUACGCCGUCUCCAGCCCGGACGGAGCCAAGCGCCACAUGGUCUCGGGUCCAUUGCCUCGUCGCCGGGACAGCGCGCCGUUGCCAGGCUUGGUGUCCCUGCUGCAGCAGCAGCAGCGGAAUCCCCAAGAAGCCUUCAUGCUUUCCCCACACUCGCUCCAAAUUGCGCAAGCCAAUCGAGUCACCACGCCCAGCACCAGCAGUGAAAGCGGCUCGGAAAAGAUUACUUACAACAGUACAUUAUACCGACCGAAGAUCGAGAUCAACCCGGUCUCCGAGCAAGGGCUGCAAGCCCGAAAAGUCGCGGCUUCAAAUAUUGCCGCUUCACUUGCGCCAACUUCGACGGUUUCAUCUUCAGUUGCCGCCCCGAUUGUGAAAUCCUCGCGGUAUUUGCGCGAAAUGGACCGUCGCGCCAUUUUAUCUCGCAUCGAGCAAGGUGAAAAGCAAUCGGCACUGGCAAAAGAGUACAAAGUGAGCCGUGCGGCCAUUUGCAACUUGAACAAGCACAGAGAUGAAGUGUUGUCCAGAAGAGAUGGCAACCCGCUGGCGAAACACCCAAAGAAGCCGCGUCCGAAGACGUUGAAAACGAAGCUGGGCAAAACUGGCUGGUCUCCUACCAUGAGAGAAAACUUGCCACAAGAGCAACAAGGAGUGUACGAGGUCAAAUCACGAGCGGCGGCGCUACUUCUCACGACAUUGAGGAAGAAACACGCCACUGUGAGUGAGUUCCGACGCUCUAGCGACCGUCUCAUGCGUAUUGUGAUGGAGGAGGCCUUGGCUCACGUGCCGGUCAAGACGGUGGGGAUUUUCCUACCCAACCACAGCAAAUCGGACGGUGUGGCACUGGAGCACCCACCGUGUGCCGUCUCCAUGGAGCCUGCAGGUUGCCCUAUGCUGGAUCUUUUCCACUUGAUGGAGCCAGAUCAACCCACGGGCUACGUGAGUUUUGGCGAUAUGUCAGCAUCCCCCAGUGAUUCUCAGACGCGAGACGUGCAAGCCAAAAUUUGUGGCAACAGACUACCCAGUAGUCUAAAUUAUCACAACGUCUUUAUUAUGGAUCACGUGGUUACCUCUGCAGAGGUGGUGAUUGCCGUAGUGAGACGGUUGCAGGAGCACGGCGCAGUGGAGGCCAUGAUCUCCCUCGUGUCUCUGAUUACGACCCCAGAAGCGGUGGAAAAGAUUUAUGCUGUUUUCCCAGCAUUGAAAAUUGUGGUGGCACAAGUGGAUAAUGGAGGCCAAGAGCUGGCAGCGCCAUCCCCAGUCGGACCCGUUGAUAUCGAGGCCAUGCGCAUGCGUGCAUCGACCACCGACAUGAUUUUGGAUCGACUGGAACAAGUUUACCACGGACUUUCACCAGCCACUCCAUACUGACAAAAAAACUUGAAAUUUGAGUUCCUAGGUAAAAUGACGUAAAAUUUGAUGUACACUAACUAAUAAAGGUGAAAAAAAAAA